AGCUCCUGUCUACUUAAGAGCACGCCAUCUUCACCUCAAAAUCACAAAUCGAUCUCCAUACUGCAGCCGGUUCGACGAUAUAAAGCUGUUCAAGGAAUCUUCCUCGCUAUCGGACUACCAACUGCCAACUGAUCAUGACCGACUUUGAAAAGCACGAGUACACCCUCCGUCUCGGUAGCGUUGCACCCGAUUUCGAAGCUGAAACAACCGUCGGAAAGAUCAAAUUUCAUGAAUGGCUAGGCAACUCUUGGGGUAUCCUUUUCUCCCACCCAGGUGACUUCACCCCUGUUUGCACGACCGAACUCGGUGAGGUGGCUCGUCGAGCAGACGACUGGGAUAAGCGAAACACCAAGGUCAUUGGUAUUUCUGCCAAUGGUCUCGAGGAACACUAUCAGUGGGUCAAGGACAUCAACGAGUUCGGAGGAAAGGUUGCGGGACCAACCGACGUUAAGUACCCUAUCAUCUCCGAUCCAGAUCGCAAGAUUUCCUACAGAUACGAUAUGUUGGACUACCAGGAUGCCACCAACAGAGAUGGGAAAGGAUUACCAUUCACCAUUCGAACGGUAUUCAUCGUUGAUCCCAAGAAGAUAAUCCGUUUCAAGGCGGACUACCCGGCUGUCGCUGGUCGUAACUUUGACGAAAUCGUCCGUGUCCUCGAUGCCAUUCAACUCGGAGACAAGCACCGAAUUGCUACUCCCGUCAACUGGAAAAAGGGGGACGAUGUCAUUGUACAUGCUAGUGUUACCGCCGAGGAAGCAAAGACGCUCUUCCCGGAGCAUACAACUCAUUUCCCGUACCUCAGAACUACGCCUCUCAAGGUCUAAGAUGUCGAAGUUGCCAUCCAUGUAAUUUUCUCUCCGAAACGGUGUACAAUUUUCGCUUUACCUCAAAACAAAUUCAGAUUGUAUAUUCCCUCCAUAUCAAUAAAUACACUACGUGUGAAGUCGAAGC